GAGUAUCAUAUAGCGAAGGAUUCUCAGCAAGUAAUAAGGCACAAGGCUGAGGCACAAGCUCUUGCAGAUGGCAACCAGGGUAACAUCACACGGACAUUGCAAUUGAGCGAUUGAAUGCUCCAUGCAAUCUAUAUCGCAACUCACGUUUCCUUCUAUCGCCGUUGCACAUCUUUCCUUACGUCUCAUCAUGUCUCUCCAUCUCUUUUUCGCUAUAUUACACAUCGCCAGCGCGGCCGGCUACUGUUACAGCCGCAACGGCACCACCCUUCUCAACCCGGCCUUUCAACCAUGCAACAAUGCAACAACACAUUCUGCAUGCUGUAUGACGAACCACAGCGGCGCUGGAGACGUCGGCAUCGCAGACGAUGUGUGCCUGGAGAACGGUCUUUGUCAGAACUAUGCGGUAUAUAAUGGGGAAAAUGAGGGCCAGCCAGUCUGGGCAAGACAGGGCUGUACAGACCCGUUGUGGAACAGUCCAUACUGUCUUGGGGACGUGUGCAAUAAGCCAGAGUACGCCGAUCAAUGGGGUAAUGUGGGCGUGUGGAAUUGUGGAGGGAAAAAAUGGUGUUGUGGGGAGAAAACCUGUUGUGAUGGAAAUAAUAUCUUUGAACUCGCGGCAACUGUGGGUCCGACAUCGACUAUUCUCUCAGCGACGUCCUUUGCCUCAGCCUCAACAUUGUCAACCUCAAAGCCUACGACAUCCCCUUCCUCAGAGGGAAGCGGUCCAUCGAGAGUCCUCAGUACAGGCGCAAAAGCCGGCAUCGGGGCUGGUGUAGCAGCCUUUGUGAUCGUGGCGGCCGCAGUCGCAUUGCUACUAUUCAGGUCGAGGAAGUCCAACGGACGAAAAGAUAGCCCCUCAGACGGAAGCACGCUGCACACGGAUGUACUACAGGAGCAAAAGCAUCAGGGACAUGUCUACGGAUAUGAGCUGUACUCAGAGCAUGGCUUCGGGGAGUUGAGCGAACGUGAACGUGCGGAAUUAGCGGCAGAUAAUGCGCCUCAGGAGUUAGAGGCUAGAAGUGGAAAUGUACAUUGAGUUGCUGAGGUAACUCCACGGUGAGAGCCAAUGCGAGGCCAAUUCGUCUGUAUUGCGAGGCGGUAACUAACAACCACGUAUUGUUCCAGCUACCUCUCGAUCCCAACACCUACUAUGUACAUAAAGUGUAACUCGUUUUUUACAGUUCUCUAGUACUCACACCCGCAGCUU